UAAAAAAUGCCGCUCAUAAUCAUGUGUGGACUACCGUUGACCGGUAAAACAUAUUUUGUCAAUCGUCUGAAACAAUGUUUGGAUGAAAAACAUACCAAUCGGCGGUCAAUUAUCAUCUCAUGGGAGACUAAAUUAGGUGAUACCGAUAGAAAUGUUUUGUUUGCCAAUUCAAAGAUCGAACGUGAAAUGAGAUCGUGGCUGAAGUCAGAAGUCGAGCGGUUUCUAACCGGUGAUAAUUUGGUUAUUUUGGAUGCAAACAACUAUAUCAAAGGUUUCAGAUAUGAGUUGUAUUGUACUUCCAAAGAAAGAAAGACAACUCAUUGUGUCAUUGAAGUGACCACGGAUUUGGACAUUGCUUGGAACAGAAAUCAGUUAACGGGUGAUACUUUACAAGAAACGUACUCAAGAGAGACAUUUGAUGCGCUAAUACAGCGCUACGAAAAACCUCAACCAAACAAUCGCUGGGAUUCACCUUUGAUUGUUAUCGAUGGUAACUCAGAUGGAUUACCUAUUGAUGAGAUAAUUUCAGCACUCUAUGAGCGAAAGCCUCCCAAACCAAAUCUGUCCACACAAUCACCACCAUUGAGUGCUACCAAUAGUUUGUAUGAAUUAGAUCUAAAGACACAGCAAGUAGUCAGAGAUGUACAUCAAUGUAUACAAAACGGACAAAUGAAGAAUAUAAUGAUUCCAGAGUCGAAACAAACACUGAAUCUAAAUAAAAGUCUUUCGAUGGCUGAACUAAACAAAAUGAGACGUCUUUUCAUUAAUUAUACUAAAACUCAUCCCAUUUCUGAUAAUCAAUUGAUUGCCACACUAUUCGUUCAAUUCAUUAAUAAAAGUGUUUAA